UGAGGGUAUGACUGCGAGACACCAAAAUAAGCACAGCUGUAUAUAACGUAGUGCCCUUCUUUUCCCUGUUCCCAGCUUCAGGGAAGCGCUUUCCUGAAACGACUGCGAUUUAUCCCAGUACGAAGAAAGUACAGGAAAACAAUAAUGGAUCCCGAGGAGCACGUCUUGAUUAUUGGGGCAGGCACUUUCGGCCUGUCCACCGCUCUGGAACUUUUGCGUGGAGGCCACAAGAACGUCACGCUUUUGGACGCGUACCCCGUGCCUUCGCCGCUUGCAGCGGGCAACGACGUGAACAAGAUCUUCCAGUCAGUGGUAAGGUCGCAGUUUUACUCCGACUUGUCCAAGGAGAGUCUCAGAAAAUGGAGAGACGAUCCGGUAUACCAGCCUGCGUACCACGAAACGGGCAUAAUUUACGGUGCCAGCAUGGAAGAGUCGUACGCAGAGAUAUACAAGCAGUAUGAAAUGCUCCAGGAAGACAAAGACGACGACUCCGUGCUACUUGAAACCCCGGCUGACUUCCUCAGACUGGUUGGCCAAUCCGGAGUCGAGUCGCUGUCUCUGGACAACACCCAGCCACGGUUUGAUAAGUGGAAAGGGUACUACCAGAAGAAGAACUGCGGAUGGACAUAUGCCAGUCUGGCGCUGGAGCGUGCGUCCAUGGAGUGCAUCCGGCUGGGUGCCAAAAUGGUCACAGACAGUGCCCAAGAGCUGCUCUUUGACAAGAAAACACAGGCGUGUCUGGGGGUGAGGACGUACUCGGGGCUGGAGAUACUGGCGGCGAAAACGGUGAUCUGCGCAGGUGCAAACUCGGUCAAGCUGCUCGACUUCCACCGCCAGUUGUUGGCCAAGUGCUGGACCGUCGGCCACAUCCGGCUCACGGACGCCGAAAUUGGGCAACUGAAGGGCUCCCCCGUUGUCCUCAACAUCGACAAGGGCUUUGUUUUUGAGCCAGAUGCCUUUGGCGACCUGAAGUUUUGUAACGAGUUCCCCGGCUACAUCAACAUGGAAACCAUCAAAGGCGCAGAGGGGGAGGUGUCCGUCCCCGUCUACAAAGAUGCUAUCCCGAAGGAGGCGGAGACCCAGAUGAGAGACUUCCUGAGGGAGGUCCUGCCAAGGCUCUCCGACCGGGAGUUCAACGUGGCCAAGAUAUGCUGGUGCACUGACACCCCCGAUCGCCACUUCUUGAUCGACGAGCAUCCGCAGCACACUGGGUUGAUCCUCGGCACGGGCGACUCCGGACAGGGCUUCAAGUACAUGCCCAUCGUCGGUGAGUAUAUAGCUUCACUCACUCUGCAUGGCAGAGACUCACUUCCUGAAGACAAGAAGGAUGCCUGGCGCUGGAGACCCGAGACCGCUGUCCACCGGGAUAACGGCGCUCUCCAGAACAGGUACGGCGGUUCGAACGCUGUUCUCGACCUCAAGGACGUAGCCGAAUGGUCAAGGGCCGUCCUGCCAGCACUUUGAUGGCCAUAUUUUCUAGUUGUAGUUCUCUCUACCUGUCUUUGUUCGAAGAAUGUUUACCCC